GCGACCCAACGACAGUGUCUCGCAGCAACACACAUCGUUUUCUGUCGUCCUGCGAAGACACGGCAUCAUGGCGUCUGCACCGGAUUACAGUUCCUACUCCCAGUCGAAUUCUCAACAAGGCUAUGGCUCUUAUGCUGCUCAACCAUCACAACAGUACGGGCAGUCUCAGACUCAGCCAACAUAUGGUCAGCCAAAUUAUGGAUCAUAUGCACAGCCCUCUGCAGCUGACAACAGCUACUCCCAAACUACACCUGCAGCUGGUGGCUACACACAGCCCCAGCAGCCACCACAGCAGUAUGGCUCAUCAUAUGGACAACCAACUCAAGCUGGAUAUUCUGCUGCCCAGACCACCACUCAUGGCUACACACAGUCAGCCCAGGCUUAUGGAGCUGGUGGAUAUGAUGGUGCUCCAGCUGCUGCUGCAGCUGCACCAGCUGCAGCUCAGUCUUAUGGCUCUCAGCCAGGUUACACAGCACAGUCUGCCUACCCUGGCUAUGGCCAGCAGCCCGCUCCCACUACUCCUCAAAGCUACAAUUCCAAUAAUCAGCCAGCAAGUUACAACCAAAGUAGUUACUCACAGCCUGCAGCAUAUGGUCAGCAACAGCCUGGGUACCAAGCACAGCAGUCCAACUAUGGCACCCAGCAAGGUGGUUAUCAGCAGCAGAGCCAGCAACAGUCUCAGGCUCCUCCUGCUUAUCCACCUCCAGCCGCUGGCUCUUAUGGACAGCCUCCGGCGAACCAGUAUGGUCAACAGAGUGGACCACCAAGCUAUCAGUCCAAUCAUUACAAUAAUUACCGACAGGAUGGCCAAGGUGGUGGAUCCGGUUACUCUGGCUCUGAUUCUUCGAGGUACCCCGGUGGUGGUGGUGAGGGCCGUGGCCCAGGCAGGGAUGGUUUUGAGCGAGGUGGCAUGAUGCACCGUGGACGUGGAGGCAUGGGCCGCGGUGGUAUGGGCAGCGCCGGAGACAGAGGUGGCUUCAAUAAGCCUGGUGGACCUAUGAACGACAACGGGGAGCGUGAAAUGGGUCGCCCUGAGGAGCAGGAUGAUUCAGAGAACAGCACCAUCUACAUCACAGGGCUGACUGAGAAGGCAAACAUUGAGGAGAUGGCUGAAUUCUUCAAACACGUCGGACCAAUCAGGAUGAACCGCAGGCUUGGCCAGCCAGCCAUCAACAUUUACACAGACAAGGACACCGCAAAACCUAAAGGAGAUGCCACCCUGUCCUACGAGGAGCCCAUCUGUGCCAAAGCUGCUGUGGAGCACUUUAAUGGGAAGGAGUUCCAGGGCAGCAGGCUGAAGGUGUCCAUGGCUCGCCGUAAGCCCAUGAUGGGCGGGAUGAGAGGCGGCAUGCCCAUGCGAGAUGGCAUGAUGGGCCGUGGAGGUAUGAUGGGCCGUGGAGGGGAGCGUGGCGGCUUCAUGCCCCGUGGCGGCCCCCGUGGAAUGGGCCGAGGCGGACCCACUGGAGGCAACAUGCAGCAGAGAGCCGGGGACUGGGAGUGUCCAAACCCGGGCUGUGGCAACCAGAACUUUGCUUGGAGAAUGGAGUGCAACCAGUGCAAAGCCCCGAAACCUGAAGGUAUGGGCGGCGGACCUCCGUUCCCUCCUGGCGGUGACCGUGGCAGGGGUGGCAUGGGAAUGCGUGGCGGCAGAGGAAUGGACCGCGGUGGACCGGGAGGUGCUGGAGGCCCGGGCGGGUUCCGUGGCGGCUGGGGGGGUGAUCGCGGAGGAUUCCGGGGCCGUGGAGCGAUGGAUAGAGGAGGCUUCCGCGGAGCUGGUCGUGGAGGGCCCCCUAUGGACCGUAUGGGCGGCAGAGGAAGAGGAGGAAUGGGCCCACCCGGGGGCAAGAUGGACAUGAGAGACCAUCGUCAGGAGCGCAGAGAAAGACCAUACUGAACUUCCUGUGGAAAUUUUAAGAUGAGGAAUUUUAAUAUAUGAUUCCGUACCUCUGCUCGAUGCUGUCCUGGGUGGUUACAUACACGUUUCCCAUGGUUUUUUAGUUGACCUGUGUUUAUGCUUCAGCUUCUGAUGUGCAUGUUAUGUUUUUUUUUUUUUUUUUAAUGUGCUCUAGUUUUGUAAUUGUAUCAGGUAACACCCUUAUUUUUCAUUUGUCAACACAUUUGCAUCCACGUUCCCGUGAACCUUGUAUAACUUGGGGAAAUAAAAUUUUACCAAUGUUUU